GUACGGGAACAGCCAUGGCGUGCUCGUGUAAUGCGGUUGCUUGCUUCAGGUGCACGUCCGGACUGAUGCAAGGUGUGGCGGGCGUCCUCCAGUGCAUGUUCGCACUGCUGCUCAGGUUGAGCCAAGAGGAUGGCUUCGACUUCGGCCUCAACCUCCUGCUAGGCGUAACGAAUAUUCCUCUCGGUUGCGCAAUUGCCACGGCGUUGACGCAGCGAAUUGAAUGUCGUGAACCGCAAGAGUACGUCAACCUGAAUCGGCUCGGCGUGGCACUCUGCGCUGUUCAACGCCGUGUGCGCUCUGGUCCUGGUCGUGCUGCCGUCUCCACCGCACAACCAGGCGGAGAAGGUGACGCCCACGCGUUUCCACAGCUACAGGCUCGUCGCCCUCGACUACGGUUUUCCAAAGAAAAAACGUACUCUUGCGGCUCUUGGGGCUCCAUACUGGGACCGAGUGAUUGCAGCGGAAGCCUGCUGAUGGCGUCCCAGUUCAGCAGUUGCCUUCCGGGAGUGUACUGA